AUGGAUUCACAAAUGCACACAACAGUGUUGGUCAUUGGCGGUGGACCUGGGGGAAGUUAUGCAUCCACACUUCUUGCUCGUGAAGGAAUCAAUGUAGCGCUGCUGGAGGCUGCCAAGCACCCAAGGCACCUCACACUGGCUGGCAGAGAGCAUGUUGGAGAGAGUAUGCUGCCGUCAAUGCGGCAUUAUCUCCGUUUCAUUGAUUUGGAGCAUGAAUAUGACCGUCGAGGCUUUCCUGGUGCAGCAUUCAAGUUUGUCCAGGGUGAAAGGGAGUGUUACACUGAUUUCAAUAUCCUUGGUCCUGAUCGGACAACAUGGAAUGUACUCCGAGCCGAAGCUGAUGAAAUCAUGUUGCAGCAUGCUGCUUCCCAGGGUGUCCUUGUGUUUGAGGAGACUCGGGUGAAUGAGGUAUACUUCCAACCCAUGGAAGCUCAUUCAUCUCGUCCGGUUUCAGCCACAUGGACUCACAAGUCAGGACGUACUGGAAAGAUCACUUUUGAUUGGCUCAUUGAUGCUUCAGGCAGGGAAGGCAUACUGAGUACAAAAUAUCUCAGAAACCGGAUCUUUCGUGAGGGAUUGCGUAACGUUGCACUUUAUGGUUAUUGGAAGAAUGUGACUGCAUUCAAUGAAGGUGGGCCACGAUCAAAUGCACCCUGGUUUGAAUGCCUCACAGAUAAGCUUGGAUGGGCAUGGUUAAUUCCUUUGCAUAACGGAAUGACCUCGAUCGGGGUUGUAAUGCAUGAGGAGACCUCAAAGUCAAAGAGGCUUGGUCAGCUCAAUAGCUUGAAAAAUCACUACUUUCAGCAGUUAAAACUGGCUCCAGGAGUUCAAGCUUUGAUAGGAACAAAGGGGUAUUUUGUUAAUGGAAGCAUUAAGAUGACAUCAGAUUAUAGUUAUCAUGCUACCUCCUACUCCGGAGAUCAUUAUCGAAUUAUCGGUGAUGCUGCAGCAUUUGUUGACCCAUUGUUCUCAUCUGGUGUUCACUCUGCAAUGACCGGAGCACUGUCCGCAGUCAGCACGAUACUUGGUUCAAUGAAGGGGCAAGUAACAGAGCUGGAAGCACAAGCAUGGCAUGAUGCAAAGGUUGGGGUCUGUCAAACAAGGUUCCUUUUGAUAGUUCUAAGUGCCUACAAACAAAUGCAACAUGGUGGUGGAAAUAGAGCCAUAGUUGGAGAUAUCAACCAUAGCCAUUUUGAAACAGCUUUCAAUCUCUUUCGACCAGUUUAUCAAGGGGAGAGUGAUACAACCUCAACACUCACAGACAGUCAGCUGUCAACUCUGAUUGACUUCACACGUAAUCUCUUUACACCCACAAGCCAUGAACAGUACAAUGAAGUACACAGGCGAAAUGCAGAGCUCACCCUACUCUCAGGUCCUGUUAUGGGCCCUGAUGAGCUUGACAAGGUCAUUGAGGCAGAUGAUGGUGAUGCUAAAGCUGUAUUGAGGAGGAUCAAUGCAUUGAAGAUUCUCAGAAAUGAUACUAGUCCGGAAAGCUUCACUUCUGAGGUUCUCAAUGGCUAUGUUGUUAGACUAGAACGAGGACAGUUGGGACUUGUGAAAGUAUGA